AUGGCUUCGAGUGUUGAUGAAACUUUGCCGGCAGGAUGGGAAGCUAGAAAAAGCAGAAGUACUGGUUUGACCUACUAUCUGAACACUCAUACCAAGAAAUCUCAAUGGGAUAAGCCCAAAUCUCCGGCUCCGCUUGUGGAUGAAGAUGACGAGGAAGCUGCUCCAAGCCAGGUUCAAUGCAGCCACCUUUUGGUGAAGCACGCUGGCAGCCGUCGCCCGUCGUCUUGGCGCGAGGAGAACAUUACUCGCUCUAAGGAAGAGGCAAUGGAGCUGCUAAAAGAAUAUCGCAGGAAAAUCGUGGACAAGGAGGCUACGUUUGGAGAGUUGGCCAAGGAAUUCUCUGAUUGCUCUUCAGCCAAGCGUGAUGGGGAUUUGGGCCGCUUCAAAAAGGGCCAAAUGCAACGUCCUUUCGAGGAUGCGGCAUUUGUUCUAAAAAUUGGCCAAUUGAGCCAGAUUGUCGAUACUGACUCUGGUCUCCAUAUUAUUCUUCGAACAGCU